UUAUAAUGAUAUAGUUAUAGCAAUAAAGAACCAAUUGGACUGAAUUUCUUAAAGUAGAAAACAGCGAAUCAUUAAUCACAAAAGACCAUAAUGCUGACUAACACAAUCUGCACGAAUGAUUUGUCAUAAUUUGCAUGUCUAAUACGAGUGUAUUCGCAAUAUGCUAAUUCUUUAUUGUUUACAGGGGUUAUAAUAAUGUUCUAGACUUUUAAAACAAGGUUGUGUUGAUUAUUCACUUCAAUGUUCUCUCGUCCUUUUGGUGCUGAUAUUUUGCUGAAGCUGAAACCUUGAAUCAGAAGUUAUCUUAGAGCACUUGAGAACACAUUCCACCUCUUAAUACAGUCGCAGAUCAUAUUUGUUAGUAAAAUCCCAGGCUGCGAAAUCCUAAAAAGUUCAUUUUUGUUCAUGUUCUUCAUCUUUGUUCAGACAAUGCAGUGACCUAUGCUAACACGGCGCGUCCUUUCAGCAGAUGUGACGCCUUGCGGGAGUCCCACACACGCCUGUUGCCUGGAGACGCAGACGCGCCUGGACCCGACCUGCUCCCCGAAGAACAGGUCGUACUCCACCACGGCCUUGUACCAGGGCGCGCCGCGGAAGCCCGCCAUCAGGGAGCGGCAGACGGUGUGCUCCCUGCACCCCCUGGGCGACUACGACGUGAACCACCUGGACCGCGUCGCCAGGGGCCUGCACGACGGGGCCGACUCGGAGAGCUCGACGGCCUACUCGGACCGCCUGACGCGCCUGCAGAAGCUGCCCAACCAGCACGUGUGCGAAGGGCUGUGCGAGGACUGCACGCGGGCGCAGAACGACGUCCCGGAGGCCCCCCCGUUCACCACGCAGGAAGACUUGAGUCCCAUGUGCGAGUGUAACUGUAACGAGAAUAUCCGUGUUCAUGUGUGUGACUCCAUAGUGUCGAGUGCUAAACAGACAGAAACCCUUAACAAUGAUGCAAAUUCUGAUGCAACAAAUGCCAAUAUAGUGUACCAAAGACGUGCUCUGAGGGUCGCCACGUCGGACUACGAGAGCUCCGACUCCCCGUGCUCGAUAGAGGCCGGCGAGGAGGCGUCCGGAGCAGCCCGGGGCAGGCUCGCGGGCGCGGCGGAGGUGGCGGCGGCCGUGAUGGAGGAGCGGGAGGAGGAGGAGGAGGAGGAGGAGGAGGACACUAAGAAUGAGGCCGAUGUAGGAAAUAAUAAAACUAAUAAGGUGCCCAAUGAUACAGAUUCGGAGGUGAUUUCUCACGGCGUCUUCGUGUUACCAGAAGAUGGAGCGACCUUUGACCUCGACCUCCUUCAAGAAAACCCUCUUCUCAACCGGAUAUCGGAGUGGGAUUAUCCAAUUUUCGAUCUCCAGGAUAUGGCCGGCAACUUAAUACUCAGUCAGCUGUGUUACCAAGUGUUCUCCGAAGUCGGACUUUUCGAGACCUUUAAGAUACCGACGAAGGAAUUCCUCAACUACUUCCAUGCUCUUGAGCUCGGAUACAGAGAAAUCCCUUACCACAACAGAACCCACGCCUCCGAUGUUCUCCACUCCGUCUACUACCUCACUUCCCAACCGAUCCCGGGCUUCAUCAUGCUGCCUCCGGAACCGGUCUCGCCAACGGACAAGCACGAUGAGGUCUGCGGCUCCCCCCGGCUGAUCCACCGCCAAAGCUUCACCGCCGAGGACACCUAUGGCAUCCUGGGUGCCAACUUACCCGCGCUGGAGCUUAUGGCACUCUACACGGCCGCUGCCAUGCACGACUACGAUCACCCCGGUCGCACGAAUGCCUUCCUUGUCACGACCAACGCCCCGCAGGCGGUGCUGUACAAUGACCGCAGCGUCCUAGAGAACCACCACGCCGCCGCUGCCUGGUCCCUUUUCCUCUCGAAGCCUGAGUACAACUUCCUCACUCACCUAGACAGGGCAGAGUUCAAGCGCUUCAGGUUCCUGGUGAUCGAGGCUAUACUGGCGACGGACCUCAAGAGGCACUUCGAGAUACUGGCGGAAUUCAAUGCGAAGGCCAACGAACCCGAGGCACCCGGCUUAGACUGGAGCUCGGAGACGGACCGGCUGCUCGCCCUCCAGAUGUGCAUCAAGCUCGCCGACAUCAACGGACCGUGCAAGGCUCUCGACAUCCACACGCAGUGGACGCGCAGAAUCGCCGAGGAAUUUUAUGAACAAGGUGACGAGGAGCAGUCCCUGGGCCUCCCGAUCUCGCCGUACAUGGACCGCACGAAUCCCCAGCUCUCCAAGCUUCAGGAGUCCUUCAUCAACCACCUCGUCGCCCCGCUCUGCAACGCCUACGGGGAAGCGGGUCUGAUGCCGGGCGUGUGGCAGGACUCCUGCGAGGACGACGAGGCAGAACCCAAUCUCAAGCUGGACGAGUUCAAUGACGAGGACGAGGACGAUCCUCCGACCAGCGAAUCGGACACGGCCACCCAGAACAGCGGACGCACUCGCAAGAUCUUCUGCUUGCAGACGCAACACCUGCAGGAGAAUCACCAGCACUGGGUCAAUAAGAUUAAGGAGGAGCAGCGUCUGGACGAGCAGUCUGAGUCGGGCUCCGACGGGGAGGAGGCCGCGGCCGCCGUCGACGUGUCCCCUUGCAGCUACACCCCCCAGCCAAUGGUUCUGCCGCUUAACGGAGACGAACCCAUGGAACCCAUCGAGGAGGAGAGAACCCCUGCCUCCAUGUCCUCAUCCCGCAGCUUCAGUUUUGAAAAAGAAGAUUCGAAACUUUGAUGCCCAGCCUGUGUCAUAGUCUAAAUAAGUAUCUUCCAUUAUAUUACAAAGCAGUGAGAAAUUUCAAAAGAAGAAAGGAACAUAAAUCAUUGGUUUUCUAUAGACAUAGAGGAGCUAACCCUCCACCGCGUUACCCACCUUAGUUGAGGGCGACGUCCCAGGGAGCGACAGAGGAACUCCUCUGCUGGCGACGGCUAGGGUCUCUGUCUGGCACUGGACCCGCCGGCUCCCGCUGGGUGUUUGGCCUAUGGCACAGCCGAGACUUAUUCGCAGGGCAUGAAGCUCCACCUUUUGGGUUCCAGCGUUCUUUUGCAACCAAGCGUUAUCAUCAUUUGGCUGGGGGUCGAAUAUGUUCAGUCAGAGCUUUCUCGUUUAAUUGGGGGAGGGUGAAAGGAGCGGCUUCCAACGCCCCCAUCGCAGUUUAUUGAGCUUGACACCCGGGAGGCAACGACGGGGUCUGGUACAGUAGGUGCUUCAAUAUGAUUUUUCACUUUGUGUAUCCGACGCGCCGAGUCAAGGGGGCGACUGGACACUGUGUGAUGCAAGAGACGACACCUCCACGAAUCGUCCCACAGGAAGAGACACCCAGGAGAUGAGGUGUCCGAGAGAGACACUUUGCCAAGGCGUUCGGGGCCAGUUAUUAAUCGUUUCCCGUGUGUCCGAAGGAGCGUGGGAAGGCAACGGCAGAGAGAGACGGAGCUGCUGCACAUUUGCUUGUCUUUCUCGCGGAACAGAUGUUGUCAAAAUACGUAAGAGUAUCACAACAACAACAAAAUAACAAUGUGGCCAGCCUGGACAGCCAUUUUGGUUCAUAGGAUGAUGAUUAUAGACGAUAGGGAGAAUAAAUUCCUUGAAUAUAUAUGAAAUUAAUAGUCGGUGUUCAAGAACUUGCGUCUAUCUUAACCUCACAUAUUAAUUGACUCUAAUAUAUCCUAUGAAAACGGCCUAAAAAUCGUGUUUCAUGAUCGUACUCGUUUCACAUUUACUCGCAGCGUAGGAGUGAAGUCCUCAAAGCGAAGGAUCGAAUCCCUAGAGACUGCACACAGAAACAGGCAAAUUGAGGUUCGGAUUAAGGAUUAAGGUAUCCGAUCCUAUAGGGUGCUACGCCUUCUUCACUCCCGGACACUAUAGGUUUCAAGUCCCUCUGCACCACACUCUUCGUCUACGGAGAGAGAGAGAAAGAGAAAACAUGGCUUCUAAUCCGUUCGCUGUAAUCCUUUCUUUAUCCUAAUCCUGCAUUUUUGUUUAUUCAUUCUCUUUCAUUUCCACAUACACAAAAUCAUAAUAAUCGUAACCCGAGAUGCAAAGGUUGAUGAUGAUGAGGAGGAAGCCAAAGCCUGUCCUUUGUACCAAACCUGUAGCAUCAGAUAGAUGAAUCUCUCAAAACAAAUAUAUAACUGUAAUGUAGAAAACGAUCUUCACACUUGUGAAUGUGAACUUCCAAAUCCUUUAGAUGUCAGGAGAAGUAAAGAUUACGUUGGCCUACAAGAGAUCUUCCGGGUUCGUGAGUCGCGAGGCAGAGGCAGAGACGCGUCGCUGGA